AUGAGUCCAGGUCAGACAAAGUUAGCACCAAGGUUUGGUGGACAAGCGGAAAAGAAAAGUACACCAAUCCUAGGAACACCAGCUUCAUGGGUGCCCGCUCCCCUGGAAAUCUUAGCAUCAGUGAUUCCAGAAAUAGAUAUGCUGUACAUUGUCUUACAUUAUUCCAACAACUUGGAGAUUUUGCUCCCAUCUACAUCUAUCAAGGCCAAGGCUCCAAGGUCCUCGGUAGUAGGAAGAGAUUUGUUCCCAAGAUACUGGUCGCGAGUGCCUACUCGUCGUGGCAAUACAUAUUUAAGUACUACCUAG